AUGUUUCUCUUUUCAUCUUUCACUUUUUCUCCUCCCCUUCCUCCAACACACACUCAAAAUCUUCAUGCUCACCAACAUGGAUUUGAAGUGAAGUUUCUGGUUUUUCUUCUUGACUUCUCUUUUUUUGUUUUCUUGCUUUUUUCUUUCUCUUCUUUCUUUCUUAUCUUGCUUUCUUUCCUUCCUAUUUUUUUUCUUUCUUUCCUUCCUAUCUUUCUUUCUUUCCUUCUUUCUUUCCUUCAUUUCUUUCUAUCUUUCUUUCCUUUUUUCUUUCCUUCUUUUCUUUACUUUGCCUCUUUCUUUCAUUUUUUCUUUUCUUUCUUUUCUUUCUUUCUUUCAUUUCUUUCUUUUCUUUCUUUUCUUUUUCUUUCUUUCUUUCAUUUCUUUCUUUCAUUUCUUUCUUUCUUUCUUUUCUUUUUCUUUCUUUUCUUUUUCUUUCUUUUCUUUUUCUUUCUUUUCUUUUUCUUUCUUUUCUUUUUCUUUCUUUCUUUCUUUCUUUCAUUUCUUUCUUCAUUGCUUUACUUUCCUUCCUUUCUUUACGUUCCUUCCCUUUUUCUCUUCCUUCCUUCAGUUCUUUCUUUCCAGUUAUUAUUUCUCUUUCAUUUUUUCUUUUUCUUCCUAAUUUCAUUAUAUUUCAUCUUGGCACAUACCUCUUUCAUCAUCAUUCUUUUUCUUUCUUAUGUCUAUCGGUUUCAUCUUGGUUCUCACCUAUUUCAUCAUCAUUCUUUUUCUUUCUCAUUUCUUUUGAUUUCCUCUGGUUUCUUACAUAUUUCGUCAUCAUUCUUUUUCUUUCUCAUUUCUUUUGAUUUCCUCUGGUUUCUCAAAUAUUUCGUCAUCAUUCUUUUUCUUUCUCAUUUCUUUUUCUUUCUCAUUUCUUUUGAUUUCCUCUAUAUUUCGUCAUCAUUCUUUUUCUUUCUCAUUGCUUUUGAUUUCCUCUGGUUUCUUACAUAUUUCAUAUUUCGUCAUUAUUCUUUUUCUUUCUCAUUUCUUUUUUCAUUUCCUCUGGUUUCUUACAUAUUUCGUCAUCAUUCUUUUUCUUUCUCAUUUCUUUUGAUUUCCUCUGGUUUCUUACAUAUUUCAUCAUCAUUCUUUUUUUUCUCAUUUCUUUUGAUUUCCUCUGGUUUCUUACAUAUUUCAUCAUCAUUCUUUUUCUUUCUUAUUUCUUUUGAUUUCCUCUGGUUUCUUACAUAUUUCAUAUUUCAUCAUCAUUCUUUUUCUUUCUCAUUGCUUUUGAUUUCCUCUGGUUUCUUACAUAUUUCGUCAUCAUUCUUUUUCUUUCUUAUUUCUUUUGAUUUCCUCUGGUUUCUUAGAUAUUUCAUCAUCAUUCUUUUUUUUCUCAUUUCUUUUGAUUUCCUCUGGUUUCUUACAUAUUUCAUAUUUCGUCAUCAUUCUUUUUUUUCUUUCUCAUUUCUUUUGAUUUCCUCUGGUUUCUCAAAUAUUUCGUCAUCAUUCUUUUUCUUUCUCAUUUCUUUUGAUUUCCUCUGGUUUCUUACAUAUUUCAUAUUUCAUCAUCAUUCUUUUUCUUUCUCAUUGCUUUUGAUUUCCUCUGGUUUCUUACAUAUUUCGUCAUCAUUCUUUUUCUUUCUCAUUUCUUUUGAUUUCCUCUGGUUUCUCAAAUAUUUCGUCAUCAUUCUUUUUCUUUCUCAUUUCUUUUGA